UUUCAUUGUAAAACAACAACAAAAUAGUUGCAAAAAUUAGGACAAAAAUAUAUAAAAUAAACGAAAAUCGACAAGGCUUAAACCCGUUUAAGUUCAUUGACUUAAACCAUGAAGUUAUCUGGUCGACCAAAACACAAUUACAAAGAGAUUCCAGGUCACGGAGAUAGCUCUGAAGACCUGCAAGAAUCUUCAGCGAGCAAGCUGAGAGGUCUGUUGGAAGAAAGGAAAUUGUCUAAGAGUCGAUUAUUUCAAGGGGACUUCAACAUGUCAGUGCAAGACGUGGUUCAUCUUUUGCAGGAAAGCGAUGUUUUGACAAAACGUUUGAAAGACCAGCUCGUGUUUUAUCAGGAGUCACUGGCUGGUUUGAAGUUCAGAACGGAGCAGGUAGUUUCUGAGAAUGAAAUGCUUCAUGAAAGAUUGAAAGAGAACUCACUUAAAGAUGAUGCUACAAGAAGUCACUCAACAGUCCAUUUUGCUCAAAAUGAAGACAGACAUUACCUUCAUCAACUGGAGAAUGAACUGGAUGAUGUUAAGAAACUUAAUCAAAAGAAGACGAACCAGUUAGAGACAAUUAUCAAGUCCACUAGAGAGGAACUUGACAUUUAUAGAGAAAGAGUUUCAAAACUUCAAUCUCAACUAAGGUCAAUGGCAAAUGAUGGUGAACAGAAUCAGGACAAUGUCUGCAUGAAAUGUGGUGGCCUCAGCUACUUUGCCUCACAACCAUCAAUGGUGCAUAUGAAAACUUUGGAUAAACUCACGAAGGAAAGAGAUGAACUAACAGAGACGUUGACCAAACAUAAGUCUCUGUUAGAACAAUGUCAUCAACGUGAGUUUGAAGCUUACAUGCAAGUGAAGAACAGCGCUGAGACUGCAGAGAAUGCUAAACUUGAAAAAGCAGAGGCCAUUAUAAAGAUUAAACAGCUGGAAAGUGGUAUGGAUGAAGAAAGAAAAAGACACGAAUCGCUGCUUUCCUCUGCGCAGGAAAAAUGGAAACGUGAACGCGAUGAUACAAAGGAAAAAUACGAGAAGGAAAAACAGACUUUACAAGCGAAGAUCCAGUUGUUAACUCAGAAAUGCGAUGAAAAUGAUCAUCAUUUGGAGAAACUAAUCCGUGAAAAAGUGAACUUAAUAUCGAACCUGGAGCAUUCAAGAACAGAACUGGCCGUUUCCCAUGUCGAUAUUGACAAGGUGAAAGAAGUCGCCAAGGACGACCUCGCUGCUUGCACUCGUGAACGCGUUGAAGCCCAACAAGAACUACUUCAUGUAAAGAACAUUCACGCACGAGAACUCAAAGAUUAUGAACGGGGAAAAAUUGCACUGACGACCGAAAAUGAAGCGUUGAAAAACCGUCUGGCGGAAGCCCAGAGCGGUUGGUUGGAAACACGGGAGGAAAAUAUGAAAACUGAGGAACGAUUAAAACAACUUGAGAAUGAGUUUCAUCUGCUGACUCUGACGAAGACAAACUUGGAAAGCGCUCAUGAGCAAAAUCGCGAGAAUCGCAAGAAACAAGACGAACAGCGAGAACAGCAGUUUGUCGAAACUUUACAAGAAAGUGAAGAAAAGCAUGCUGAAUUACGAAAAGAACUGGGUGAAAUGUUACAAACGCAAAUGAAAAUGUCCUCGGCGAUAAAGAAUGAGAAUAAAAGAUUGAUUUUGAAAUUAGAAGAGAAAAAAGGGAAUCACAGUUCGGAGAGGGAAAAAUGGCGAGAACAGUCGAGUUUGUUAACGAGAGAACUAGAGACGAGUCGUAAACAGAACGAGGAAAUAACGUCUGAGAAAAAAAGGCUUUCUCAAGUGAAUACUGAUCUUGUCGGUAAAGUGAAGUUUUUAAAGCAGGAAAACAAAAAAGCUUUAAAAAUGAUUUACAACCUUUUAAAGAAACAAAAGGAGUUAAUGCAGGACAGACAAACCUUGAGUCACAAACUAGAAUAUUUACAGCUGAGUUGCAUCGCGGGCACACCGCCGCAGCGGUACUCUCAGGAGGCGGGAAAUAUUUCAGCCAAUAAACAGGGAAGUGAAAGCAAUACUUCAUGUAGUGUUAAUAAACCAAGUAACGUUAAAAUUAAUAACGAGGAUGAGAGCUUAUAAUGAUUUAUGAUUUCAAAUCCGAGAAUAGACAAGAAUAUACAUAGAAACUACAAAGGAUUACUGGGUCACAGCUAUUUUUUUUAAAGGGGUUUAUUAGAAUUAACGCGAAUUAUAAAACGCAGUGAUAAUAGAACAAUAACGGUUUGAAAAUGGUAGACAUAUUUUUACGUUUAAAAUGUUCUAUUGUAAUGAUAUUUUUUAUGGAAAUAUGGUGAAAUUUUCUUUACCAAUUACAGGAUAGGACAAUUACACUCA